GUAUAAAUAUUAAACCUCCCAUGAAAAUUGGAAACCUCAAAGCCGUUGACGAAGUACCAGCUGAACCCCAGAUCGGAAACUCAGAAAAAAAGCUUGUCCGAUCUGACGGAGACUUCAAAACUGAUGACGGCAGAUUUCAGUUUGAGAAAUUGGGGAAAAAACUUAGGCCCCCAUAACAUUCUCAACGGCCGAUGGUUCACAGUUUUCGCUUCAAUCUUGAUCUUGUCAGUUUCUGGUGGCACUUACUUAUUUGGUCUUUAUUCACAACAUGUCAAAUCUUCAUUGGGUUAUGACCAAACAACCUUAAAUUUGUUGAGCUUUUUUAAGGAUGUCGGUGCUAACGUAGGAAUUAUAGCUGGGUUAAUUAAUGAAGUUUGUCCGCCUUGGGUUGUUCUUUUAAUUGGAUCAGUGAUGAAUUUUUCAGGGUACAUUUACUUGUGGUUAGCAGUCAACGGUGAUGAAUUAGUCAAACCACAGGUUUGGCAAAUGUGUUUGUGUUUAAUGAUUGGUGCUAAUUCUCAGACUUUUACUAAUACUGGUGCUUUAGUUACGUGUGUCAAGAAUUUCCCUGAAAGCAGGGGAAUUGUAAUUGGAUUGUUAAAAGGGUUUGUUGGUUUAAGUGGUGCAAUUAUUACACAGUUGUUUCAUGCAUUUUAUGGGAAUGAUGGGAAAUCUUUAGUCUUGCUUAUUGCUUGGCUCCCUCCAUUUGUUUGCUGCAUUUUGCUUAAAUAUGUUAGGGUUAUGAAAGUCAUUAAUCUUCAAGAAAAUGAGGUCAAGAUUUUCUAUCAACUUCUUUACAUAUCACUUGGUCUAGCUGGAUUUCUGUUAAUGAUCACUAUUUUGCAGAAUAGGGUAGCCUUUAGUUUGGUUGAGUAUAGAUUGAGUUCUUGUAUCGUGCUGCUUUUGCUAUUUGCGCCUAUAGUUAUUGUAAUUAGAGAAGAGUUAAAACUCGGGAAGAGCAAGAAACUAGUAUUUGAUGAGUCUGUGCCGUUGAAAGGAACAGAACAAGUGAAGUUACUUUCAAGAAAUCAAGCAAAAGGAGUUUCAUGGUUCAAGAAUGUUUUUAAGCCACCGGAGAGAGGUGAAGAUUAUACGAUUUUGCAAGCACUUUUGAGCAUUGAUAUGUUGAUUUUGUUUAUUACUACUAUCUUUGGAGCUGGUGGAACGUUGACAGCUAUCGAUAACAUAGGUCAAAUUGGUAAGGCAUUAGGAUAUCCUAACAUGAGUAUUGCAACAUUUACUUCACUAGUGAGUAUAUGGGGUUAUCUUGGAAGAGUAGUUUCUGGCUUUGCCUCUGAGAUUUUGUUGACAAAGUAUAAAGUCCCUCGUCCGUUGAUGCUUACUUUGGUGCUUCUUCUAUCUUGCUUUGGCCAUAUUCUUAUAGCAAUGGGAGUUCCAAGUUUUCUUGAAGUCGCGUUGGCUAUACUUGGGUUUUGCUUUGGAGCUAUGGCACCGUUGAUAUUUUCAAUCAUAUCUGAACUUUUUGGCCUAAAACACUAUGCUACAUUGCUCAAUUUUGGCGGCGCAGCUAGCCCAAUUGGGGCUUAUGUGUUCAAUGUUAGAUUGGUUGGUCAUUUUUAUGACAAGGAAGCUUUGAAGCAAAUGGCAGCCUUGGGACUUUUAAGGAAGCCUGGGGACCAUUUGACAUGCAUCGGUAUCGAGUGUUAUAGGCUUUCUUUUCUGAUUAUUGCUGCAGCAAGUUUUGUAGGGUGCAUUGUAUCAUACAUUUUGGUGCUUAGAACAAGAAAGUUCUAUAGAGGUGAUAUAUACAAGAAAUUUAGGGAGCAAGCUUAACUUUUGGAGGCUCAGAGUAAGCUUGGCCAAAUAGUUUCAUUCUGCCACACAUUUUGUAACAUGCUAUGAUUUAUAGCUAAAAGUUUUAAGUCCUACUGAUCCAUUAUAGGGGAUAUGGAAUAUGAAAUUUAGGGAGCAAGCUUAACUGCUGGAGGCUCAGAGUAAACUUGGCCAAAUAGUGUAUGCUCCACACAUUUUGUAACAUGCUAUGGUUUAUAGCUAAUAGUUUGAGUCAUAUUGAUUGAUUAUAUGGGAUACCGAAUAUGAACCAGUGUAAUACAUUAUACAGAAAUCAAGAAAAUAGAUUGACAUGUUGACAAAUA